UUUAAUGUUUUAAAGGAUAGUUUUAUAUUUGUUGGCUAUUUUAAUUAGGCUAUUAUCUGGGCUAGCUAUUGCUCAUGUAUUGUUCUUGAUCAAUUAUAAAUAAUAGUUGUUGUUUUUGAUCUUGUAAAUAUUAUUUUCUUGUUUGUGUAAAUAUUGGAUUGAUUUCAUUGGAUUUAGUUUGUGUGAUAUGAGGAAUUCCUUGAUGAUGAUGUAGGGAGUGUGGGACAUCAGAAACAACAGAUCGCAACAACAGACGCAGACAAUAACUUGGAUAUAGACAACACUGACCCAGACAAAAUGCCGGAGCGACGCAAGAUGAAGUCGCCGAGUCCGAAGAUGACAUCGACGCCAAAGAUGAAGAGGAAGGAGAUUGAUCGUGAAGACUCGGCAACAUCUGACAUUCAGAAGCGACUCGGCUAUUCUGAGAACCCUGCUCCUAAGAAAGAGUUUUCGACCCCCGGGGUGGAGCUGACGGAGUACAAUGACGGCACGACCAGGCCCAUGUUCAAGAAACGACUGAAGGCGGUCUCUGCAAACUCGGGUGAAAUGGCCCAACUAGAGUGCGUAGUGUCGGGCUCUCCCCUUCCCAAGGUACUCUGGUUGAAAAACAACCGCCCAUUGAAGGCUAGCGAUGGAUGUAAGGUUGUCGUGGACGAGGGAUCGAACAUUCUCGUGUUUCCCAACGCGCGUGAUGAAGAUGUGGGAACGUACACGGCAAGGGCAAUGAAUGUGAACGGAUCCAUCAUGUGCUCUACUGAGUUCUCUCUUACUGAUGGUAGAGGCCAGCCAGCCCAGCCAAUGCUGGACAGCCCUAUGGACAUGGAUUUCACCACGCCAGCCUACUUCUUCCAGAUGUCCAGCUGUGAGGUGUCCGAGGGUCGACUGGCCAGAUUCGACUGCCGAGUGGUUGCCUAUCCUCGACCUGAGAUUGUCUGGAUGAGAGAUGGAAAAGUGGUUGAGGCCGCUGACCGUUUCAAGCUUCUCAACUUCAACAAUGAGAUCUACUCCCUGCUGAUCCAGGAUGUCCGCCUGACUGACACUGGACGAUACACAUGCUGGGCCAGGAACAAGUUUGGGGAAGCCAUGACUGAGGCUUACCUCAAUGUCAUAAGUCUGACCGAGGAGAAGGAUGAAGGAGACAUCGCCCCGAAGUUCUUGACCCGCUUCUAUGACCAGCAGACCACUGAGGGAACCGCCACAGACUUCAAGUGCCUGAUUGCAGGGCGGCCAGAGCCCGACAUCACCUGGCUGGUGAAUGAUGGGGAGCUGCAAGACCAGGCUGGUAUCCGGACACGACACAAGGAUGGGGUGGUCAGUCUGGAGAUCAAGAAACCAAAGCUUGACCACUCUGGCCAAUACACCUGCCAGCUGAAAAAUACCCUGGGAGAUGCGGCGUGCAGUGCCAAGUUGAUUGUGGUCGAAGACAAGCUGCGUGGGAAGAUGUUACCCAAGUUCCUGCGCAAGUUUGACCAUGUUAACGCAAAGGAGGGCGAGGAGGUGAAGUUCACCUGUGUGAUUGUGGGGGAGCCCCGCCCAGAGGUGCAGUGGAUGUUUGAACACAAACCCAUCAGUGACACGAACCGUCACUUCUCCAUGAAGCAGGAGGGCGACUCGUACACUCUGAUAGUUAAGGGUGUUCGCUAUGACGAUGCUGGUAAGAUCACUUGCAAGGCUUUCAACGAGGAAGGCGAGGUCUACUGUAGCGCCAACCUGCAUGUCCGUGAGCCCAAGUAUGUCAGGGACACUCCAGAGAAGACUGGUGUGUCAGGCCGUGACGAGAUGGACUCCAGGUUUGGGUAUGUGCCCACCUUCACCAAGCGUCUCCAUGACGUCGAGGCCAAGGAAGGCUCAAAGGCCAUGUUUGAGUGCCGGGUCAUGGGGAUCCCAGAGCCCGAGAUAUCAUGGAUGAAAGAUGGUAGAGUGAUCGUGCCUGGUGGACGCUUCCACAUGACAUCAGAGGGGGGAACCUGCCAGAUGACAAUUGACAAUAUCACACCCCAGGAUGCAGGCGUGUACACGUGUAUCAUCUCCAACGCCCAGGGGAAAUCUUCCUCUACUGCCUCUCUCAAGCUGGAAGAGCCAGUAAAGAAGAAAGAAAGAUUCACACCAGAAAAAACUUUGGAUGAAAGGCUGUCAAGGAAGGACCGUUACACACCAGACAAGUAUCUGCUGGAAGACACAGGUGUGAAACGCCCAUACCCGGAGAUAGACAAAUAUGACUCUAAAGCAAGGAAGCCAUAUGAAUCACCAAAAACUGGCAGAAAGGAUGAUUCCUUCAAAACAAGGCGAAGACUCUCAUUUGACAGCCCAAAAACGACGUUUGACGCCCAAAAACAAUCCUAUGAGAGCCUUAUCGGAUCAUCAUAUGAGAGUCCCAUCCGAUCUUCAUAUGAGAGCCCCAUUAGGACACCAUAUGAAAGUCCAAAAUCCUAUGAGCGCCCAAGGUCAAUGUAUGACAGCCCAACAGGCUAUGAGAGCCCAAAAUCAUAUGAAAGUACCAAAUCAUAUGAAGGUCUGAAGUCAUAUGAUAGCCUGAAGUCAUAUGAAAGCCUGAAGACAUAUGGAAGCCCGAAGUCAUACGAAAGCCCAAUGUCAUAUGAAAGCCCAAUGUCAUAUGAAAGCCCAAAGUCAUAUGAAAGCCUGAAGCCAUAUGAAAGCCCAAAAUUGUAUGAAAGCCCAAAGACAUAUGAAAGCCUGAAGUCAUAUGAAAGCCCAAAGUCAUAUGACAGUCCUAAAUCAUACAGAAGCCCAAGACUAACAUAUGAUAGACAGAGAUUCAGAUUUGACAGUCCAGUUCAAACCUACGAUGCAAGAAAACCCUAUGAGCCAGUGAGAAGCUUCUCCAUUGGAAAGGAAGAAUCCAAGCCAGUUUUGCCAAAGAUACCUUUCGAUCGCCCAACACUGCUUAACAGACGAGAAGAUUCUGUGAAUCUGUCAUGGCUUCCUGCACCGACUUACAACCUGCCAGAUGAUGCAAGAAGAGUCACAUACACCGUGGAGUCUCGUGAAGUGCCGAACCAGGAGUGGACAAAGGUAGCAUCAAACCUUCCCUCGACAACGUACACCGCCCGACACCUAAGGCCUGACAAGGAGUAUGAGUUCAGGGUGCGAGCCCAGAACCAGCAUGGCUUCAGCGAGCCGACGUGGAAUGCCACUCUGGAGAGGAGAGUUGAUGACAGCAGAAGGGGGCUGGAGUUGCCGGAGAUGAAAGCACCCCCACGCCUGCCAACCCAUCGACCAAUCAUCACAGACCUUGGAGAAGAGACCAUCAGGUUGGCGUGGAGACCAGUGGAGACAUACCAGGCCAAGAGAACACCACCAGUGUCUUACAGACUGGAGGCUAAGGAGUUGCCAGGUAAGGACUGGAUGCCUCUGUCCAGCCGUCUGCGUGACACGAGCCACUACCUGUCAGAGCUUCCAUAUGACAGAGAUUACAUGAUCAGGGUGCGUGCAGAGAACGAUUUCGGAGUCAGCGAGCCGACAGAACCGCUGUGGCUUCCAAGAGCAAGAGCCUUCCCUGGUGUACCAGUGACAAGGCCAGAGAUCACAGAUUACGAGGAUACAAGUGUGAGACUGUCCUGGACCCGGGUGGACAUACCCUCCUUCCAGAUGGAUGAUUCUCCUCUGCUUUACAUGAUCGAGGUUGAAGAGCCACCCUCAAGAGACUGGCGCACUGUUGCUUCUGACCUGUAUGAUACAGAGCACCUUGUUGAAGGUCUGCGCCCAGGCCAGGAUUACAGGUUCAGGGUACGGGCCAAGACUCCCAGGGGCGUGGUCAGUGAGCCCUCACCAGCUGUGUCCCUAUAUACUGCUCUAGCUCGCAGCCACGCUCCUGUGGACAGACUGGAGGUCCUACAGUACGAACCAGACACAAGCAGUGUGCAGUUGUCAUGGCAACGUGUGGAUAUUCCUCCCUAUAAUCGUGACGAUGAACCCCUCAUGUACAUGCUGGAGUACCAGGAACCCCCACUCCCAGACUGGAAACCACUUGUUACUGGCAUCCCAACAACUCGGUACAGGGUAAUGCAUCUGGAUUCAGACCGAGACUACAAGUUCAGGGUGCGGGCCUUCACACCAUACGGAGUCAGUCCUCCAUCCCCUGCCCUGCCAGUCACCCUCAGGCAGUCCCCUAUCUCAAGGCCAUUACCUGAGGCGGUGAUCAUUUCGGAGGUGGAGCCCGAUUCCCUGAGGUUGACAUGGCGACGACCCAUGCAUGACCUCUCACAGCCAAUCAGCUAUCAGGUUGAGAUGCUUGAACCGCCCUUUACUGACUGGCGACCAAUCGCUUCUAGGAUCACUGACACUACCUACAAGGUCACAGGUCUGCGUCCAACCCGUGAUUACCAGUUCCGGGUGAUCCCCCAUGCUGAAACAGGCUACAUGGAGCCUACACCUUCUGCUGCCCUAACAACACUACCGGUGCGUCCAAGACUGCCAAUGACAGAACCAAAACUGAGGGAGCUCACCCCAGAGUCAGUGCAGUUGUCAUGGCGCCCUGCGGAGUUUCCAGCCUACCAGAGAAUGCGCACCCCAAUCUACUACAAGGUGGAGAUGGCAGAACAGCCAACCAACAACUGGGUACCAGUGGCUAGAAGACUUCCAGAUACUUCAUACAACGUCACCGGUUUGAAGCCUGAAAUUGACUACAAGUUCAGGAUUGUAGCAGAGACAGAUACCGGCUUCAGUGAACCCAGUCUCCCGGCAACAUUGAAUAGGCAACCAGUACCGCGAUUCCCCACAACUGAACCCCUGAUCAAGGAUAUCAGCCAGAACACAGUGACCCUGGCCUGGACCCCAGCUGAGGUGCCCCGUGGGGACUACAGUGUUUCUUAUCAAGUGGAGGUGCAGACACCACCAGGUAUUUCAAGCUGGCGUACUCUGUACAACAACCAUCCAAACCCGUCAGUAAGACUGGCCGACCUUCGCCCAGACCUGGACUACCUUGUUAGGGUUCGGGCUCAGAGUGGAACCUACCUCAGUGAGCCCACACUGCCUGUUUAUAUACCCAGGAGAGCUGCUCCACCCAGGCUACCCCAGGAAGAGCCCUAUGCCGUCCAUAUUGGGUCAGAUCACAUCAAGUUGCAGUGGAGGUCUGCUGAUCUACCCUCCCACAUCCUUGACUACGCCCCUGUCACCUACAGAUUGGAGGCCCAGGAGCUGCCAAACACAAACUGGGUGACAAUAGCCCGGGGCAUCUCCCACACAGACUUCAAGGUGACCGGACUCAAGCCCAAGCAGGACUACUCAUUCAGGAUACGGGCAGAGAAUGAGUACGGGGUCAGUGACGCCACACGGCCUAUGGUCAUGAAGAAACGAUCUGUUGCCCCCCAUCUGCCCAAUCAGCAGCCUUUGAUGUACGACUAUGGACCGGGGUCCGUCCAUCUGUCCUGGAGACCGGCGUCACUACCAUCGUACGCCACCUCAACGUCGCCAAUGUCUUACUCCAUCUUUGUACAGGAGCACCCAUUUACGUCAUGGCGCCCGCUGGUGCGUGGGAUCCCUCACACCUCCUACCAUGUGACUGGGCUCAACCCAGACAAAGAGUACAUGUUUAGGGUGCAGGCAGAGAACGAGUAUGGCACAAGCAGGCCUAGUGAUAGUGUUCGCCUACUCAAAUAUGCAGUCACCAAGUUAGAGCCCAAACAGCGUGAUACAGGUAUUGCGGCCCCAGACCUAUGGAGGCCAAUUUCGAUGCCCGAGAUUUCCGACUACGAAGAUGACCGAACCUCCUUGAAGAUCCGUUGGCGCCCCACCCCUGCUCCUCAUUUCGACACCACCAAACUACCAGGCCGGUACACAGUUGAGAGGUGGGAACCAGUGAAGCAUGAAUGGAGCCCCGUUGCACGAGGAAUUCCCGACACGACGUACCAAGUGCGCGACCUCCCUCGCUUCCCUGACCAUGUUUUCCGCGUGAGGAUGGACUCAGAGUUACCUGCUCUUAGUGAGCCAUCGCUGCCCGUGUCGCUUAGCAGAUUCUCCAGUACCCCGAGGGUCCCAAUCUAUCGCCCCCAGCUGUACGAGGUGGACAGCGACACAGUCAAGUUGUCAUGGCAACCAGUGCACCUGCCAGACACAGGGGCUAGAAGGAUCGUCAGGUACACAGUUGAACAGCGUGAGAUUCCCGAGACCCGCUGGUUCUCGGCUCUGUCCGACAUCACUGACACCCACUGCAAGAUACGAGGGCUCCGGCCGAAACUGGACUACGAGUUCAGGGUGAAGACCAUCAUUGACGGAGCUCCCUCUGAACCCUCCCUGCCUGUGUCACUGUUCAGGAGAGCUGUGAUCCCUAAGGUUCGUUUCGAUGCCCCUGAGGUGUACGACAUGGAUGACUCCUCGCUGUCCCUCCGCUGGAACACCGUGGACGUCCCAGCCUUCAAAAACGACGAGGAACCGCUCCUGUUCAUCAUUGAACGUCAGACGCUGCCCGAAUACGAGUGGCAGCCCAUCGCUACAAACGUGUCUGACAGGAGUUAUAGAGUGCAAGGACUUGAGCCGUACCGGGAUUACAACUUCCGCGUACGUGGCAUUCAUCCAUCUGGCUACACUGAGCCGUCCCCCUACGUCCCGGUCUACAGGCGACCAAUUCGUCCGUCCGUGCCUGUGGCCUACCCUGAGGUUUGGGAAGAGGAACCAUCUACUGCUAGACUUCGAUGGCAGCGCGCCUACAUACCCCGAUAUUACAGUAACACCGAGCCCAAAUACAGAGUUGAGAUGCAAGAAGCUGACGCCACUAAUUCUGAAUGGCGUCCCGUGGCAACACACGUGCACAAUCGUGAUGUCACAGUACCGGAAGUGAGUCCCCGGAAGGACUACAACUUCCGUAUCCGGGCGGAAAUGGAAAAUGGAGACUUGGGAGAGCCCACUCCGCCGAUACACUACCACAGGACAAGAGUGCCGAUGGUCAAGUACAACCUGGAAGAGUUCAAGCCAGUCCAGUACGAGGCGAUCUUCCUCAACAGACCCUACCUCGACCAUCUCUGUAAAUACGUGCCCCCGCGCAUGCCCAUUGAGAAACCGGAUAUGAUAAUCAUGUCACCUGACAACAUCGAACUCACGUGGCAUCAGGCACGUGUACCGGAUGCUAUCAAAAACACGUGCAACCUCACUUAUACCAUCGAAGUUCGAUGCCCGCCGUCGUUUGAGUGGCGGGAGGUGGCUUCCGGUCUGAAGGUGUGUUUCCAUAAUGUCUCCGAACUGCACCCCAAGGUCGACUACGUGUUCAGAGUCCGCGCUUGGAACGAGUAUGGUUGCUCUGAGCCAAGCCUGCCCGUGUCCCUAUACAGACCGUAUAGCGUAAAACACGAGAUGGACGAUGAAGAGUUCGAUAGGGAAUGGGAGCUCAGGUUCGGCGCUCAAGAAGAGAACGACAUGCAGAAAGUUCCGCCGAAGUUGCCUAUGGAUACACCACGGAUUGUUACCCAGUCUGCCGACUCGAUAUGGUUCUCCUGGCACCCGGCUCGUAUUCCUGCAUACGCCACGCAGACACAGAUCACAUACGUCGUCGAAGUCAAAGAGCCCCCCUCGACUCAAUGGAAGAGGGACAUAGCCGGUCUCCUGGACUGCCAGUAUGUACGGGAGGGACUUGACCCCAGCAAGGAGUACCAUAUUCGAGUGAAGGCGGAGACAGAGCAUGGCCCUAGUGAACCCACGCUGCCUAUUAUAUUACGAGGCAAAGGUUCCCGGCCUACUUCGCGGCGGUCCAGUGUGGAGAGGGAUGACCGGGAAGAGUUGAAGCUUAACACCACGUACCUUGACACACUCACUUCCGGAGUGCCUCCCCGCAUGGCCUCUACACGGCCUUUGAGCUCUAACGUGGGUCCUGACCGUCUGACGCUUAGUUGGACUGCCUGUCGUGUCCCAGCAUACGUCAAGACUUCCGGUAUCACGUACACCAUUGAAAAGAGGGAGCCGCCAGGUCACGUGUGGACCGUUCUCGCCAAGGACGUGACCACCACCCGCCACGAGAUCACGGGCCUCGAUCCAGAACGUGACUACAUGUUCCGCGUGCGCGCGCGCAACGAGUUCGGCACUAGUGACGCCACACUUCCGCUUACACUGUACCGGGACAGAGAUGACUACGUACCCCAGAGGCGGCGCUCCCGAUCCAACUCCCGGGACAGUGUCAGCCAGAUGCUAGCCGCCCGCGUCGGACGCCGCUCUUCAUCUUUCGACUUCGGCAGCAUGCGCCCCAGUGACACGGAGCCGGAAAGGAGCUCAGUGGAUAGGAUGCCUGUCCAGCCGGAGUACCUGGCGACUUCAUACGACACACAGUACGGGGUGUGGGGCCGGAAGGGGCGGAUAUCUCUGCAGAUCCGCGGCCACCCGAUCCCCACCGUACACUGGUAUAAGGGGGAGGAGAAGAUACAAUACGGGGACAUGUACAACGCUUUCGUAUCGCCAAAAGGCGACAUAGUUCUCGAGAUCCAGUCCGUGACACCGGAAACAGCUGGCCAGUACAAGUGUUACGCCGAGAACGCCUCCGGGGCAGCGGUCAAGGUCGUCUUUUUCGAACUCGCCGAACCACCGACAAUCCUUGAAACGAUGAAGGACGUGGUGGUGGGGCAGGACGAGAUCGCUUGCCUCAAGUGUCGCGUGGACGGAUUCCCCAACCCCACUGUCAAGUGGCUCAAGGACUGGCGGCCGUUGUCCGAUUCCGCCCACGUGCGAAUCUCCAACUCGACACCGGAGACCCAUAUGUUGGAGAUCCUGACACCGCUGGACACAGACAGCGGUCUCUACGCAUGCGUCGUAGAAAAUGCAGCGGGAAAGGUCACCGUGUCGGGAAGACUCACUGUGGAAUUCGAAACGGUGCCAGGUUUCGAAGACGUAAACAUUCGAUCAACACCGAUUGAAGAAAAGUAUCAUGUCCUGGAGGAAAUCGGCAGGGGCCGGUACGGCGUGGUCCGUCGAGUGGUCGAGAUUGAGACGGGCCGUCAGUUUGCCGCCAACUUCAUGCACAUGCGCAACAAAGCGCAGAAAAACUUCUUCAUGUCAGAAUUUGAGGUCCUCCGCAAGCUGGCACGGACGGACGGUGUCCUGAAGAUCCAUGACGCUUUCGAGACGGAUCGGACACUGAUUCUGGUCACAGAGAUCAUCACUGACCACGAGCUGCUAGACAAAGUUGUCAGUGAGGGUGACUGGACAGAGGCACGGGCCGCUGCCCUGGUCAGCCGCCUACUCGGCGUUCUCCGAGAACUGGAGGCGCUCAGAGUACUACAUCUAGAUAUCAAGCCAAGCAACAUCCGUGUGAACGGCGACCGCGUUAAGCUGCUUGGUUUCGGCGUGUCUCGUGUUCUUCUGGAGGAAGAGGAGGUUACACACAACUAUGGAAGUGUAGGUUACGCUUCACCGGAACAGGUCAACAACGACGUGCUAACAGCCAGGACAGAUGUAUGGAGCAUUGGAGUGCUGAUUUACAUAUUGCUAACAGGCAACGGCCCAUUUAAGGGCGCAUCCGAGCUGGAGAUUGUCCAGAAGAUGGGCCGCUGUGAGUGGGGAUUUGACGAUAAGGAGUUUGAGGGAUUCUCCCCCGAGGCCCGGGACUUAAUUACCAAACUGCUCGUGAAAGAUCCCAGCAAACGUCUGUCUGUGGACGAGUGCAUCGACCAUCCGUGGCUGCAGACAAAGUCCGCCGCCCGCCUGCCAACAGACAAGCUGCGCCUGUUCAACAACGCCGAGCAACUGAAGCGGGAGACAGAAAAGGUGUUCACCUCCGUGCAGUUACAGAGUUUCGCCAAAAUCCUGCACGGAACCCGAGCCCUGUACCAGCCCGCCGUGGACAUAGAGUCAGGGGAGAUCACCUUCCCUGACUGUGACGGGUACGGAGAUUACCUGGACGAGGAUGUCUGGUACGAAUGGCAACUACAGUACUUGGACGACCCUGACAGCCAGAUAUUCGCUAUCCGUGACAGCAGUUUCACCGUGCGGGAAAGCCGCCACGCUGGGGCACCCAAGUACGCCGCACCCCGUACAGACAAGAGAAACGAUGUCGAUGAUAUUGAUUCAGGCACCGGUGUCAUGUUCCGUGAUAAGCUGCAGACGACAAGUUUCUGGCCCGGACGUGACGUCACACUCUCGUGCGUGUUGGCUUGGAACCAGGACGGGGAACCGCCCGUGAUCACGUGGUAUAGGGACGAGACGUUAAUUACGGACGACUACAGAGCGGACUCCAACUUCAACACAGACACUGGCGAGGUAAGCCUGAAGGUCAUUAGCCCCAAGGACUACGACUCGGCCGUGUACAAGUGUGUGGCCCGUACACGCCAGGGGAGGGUGUCGAGUGAGGCGCGCCUUAUGCUUGGAGACUACCCGUCCAAGCCCGGCCGUCCGCUGGUGACGUCUGUAUCAGGCACGGAGGCGUUCCUAACGUGGUCACCGCCGGCGUCCGUCGGCAACACAUACCUGCUGGGAUACAGGGUCGACUAUAGAAGAGAAAGUGCUGGAGAGCGGCGUUGGACGUUGGGUCCGUACGUGACGGAGGAGUACGCUUUGAUUUCCGGUCUGGUUCCGGACUCCACGUACACGUUCCGCGUCUCCUGCACCAACAAAUACGGACCUAGUCCCUUCAGUUCGGCGUCUCUGGAGGUCCGGACACUUGCAGCUGAUGCACCGAAGGUGAGCCCGGCUCAGGAACUGAUACCUUUCAUGCAGUUCGUGAGCUUCCCACGUCAACAGCUCAUACUUCCGGCGAAGAGCCGCCGCCCGUCCCUUGCCCCGGAGGCCUCCAUCGAGCUGAAGGAGCAGGACCCGGCGGAAACAUAUGAAUUGCUGGACACCAUUGCUAGCGGUUCUUACGGUGAAUACAAACUGUGCACCAACAAAGAAUCAAAGAAACAAUAUGUCACCAAGAUAGUUUCCUACAACAAAGAAAACCAAUCAGAAAUCAUGCAUGAGUUCGACAUUCUACGUCACCUAAGCCACGCAAACGUCAUUUCCGUUUUCGAUGCUUACGUCAGCGGAAGCUCGUUUUACACGAUGUACGAGAACCUGACCGGAAUGAACGUAGUGCAGUACCUGUGUCUGAUGAAGUCUUAUAAGGAAGACCUAGUUGCAACGCUCGUAAGGCAGGUGAUCGAUGCCCUGCAAUACCUGCAGUUUUUUGGAAUCGCCCACCUGAACCUACAGCCUAGUAGCAUUGUAAUGGCGACUCGGAGGAGGCCAUUCGUGAAGCUGAGGGAUUUCACCCUGGCGAGGAAAUUGGAGGGAGAAAAGAUUGAGCGGGCACCUGUCGCUGGUUACCCAGACUUCACAGCUCCUGAAGUAUUGAAAGGCGAGCCUGUUUCCUUGACAACUGACCUGUGGACGCUAGGAGCGGUGACCUUCACCUUGUUAAGUGGCGUCUCCCCGUAUGGCGGUAAGGAGCUGGAAGACACCUUGUCCCGGAUACUGUUCGACCGCUACGACACACGUGACUUGCACGAGAACGUGUCCAAGGAGAGCGUCAAGUUUGUAACCGCUCUCAUGAGAAGAAUUCCCAAGAACCGCCCAUCAGUGAGUAAAUGUCUGGACUCCCAGUGGCUUCAACUAAGCGAGAGUAUGACAUCAUCUAGGGCCUCCCGGUCCUUCAAGUCGGACCGACUCCGGGCCUUCUCCGAUCGAUAUCUCGCACAGCGGGUCGACCCGCAUUAUCGGGCCGAUACUGUCGAUAUUGAAAAGCUGCCGAAGCCAACUGCAGGUCCUUUAGUUAAACCAAUUUUGAGCGACAAAAUCGUAAACCGUUAUGAACAGAUGAUGAAAAAGAGAAAUAUGCAGGCUUCCCUUGAUUCAUUCUCAAGGGAAACAAUGGCAGCUGAAAUAGCCCUCACGAUUGAGAGCGAUACUCCGUUUAUGGACAAAAUGGCUGAAAUCCUCGAUACACUGCCUGAUAGAAAGGUAGCCGAUACGGCUACUGCUAAAAGAACGGUAGUUGAAGUUGAUGAAGGUGGAAAGGAUGAAGGUAUCAAACAGAAAUCAGACAAGCAAGUUGAGACUCUUCCUAGUAACAUUGUAGACAAAUCUGAUACCAUUCUUUCAAGUAAGACAGAAGAAAUUAUUACGAAAACACAAGAUAAGGUUGAUGGGACAGCUAUCGAUGCAAGUCAAAAGAUGGAAAAUGAAUUUGCCGAAACAAAAGAUUUGGAGAAAGAGAAAAGUGAAGUAAAAACAGAUGCAAAUGUUAAGGACGAAACCGAUGGGAAAUCGAAAGUUGCUGUUUCUCAAGAUAGUAUGGCAGAAUUGAAACAGAAAGAAGAAAUUUCUAAAAUCAAGAAGGAGGAAGUAAUGACACAAACGGUGAUUGAUGAUGCCAGGUCAGAAAUUAUGAAAACAAAUCAAACAAGAACAAGCCAGAAAGUGACUCAGAAACAAGACGAGAAGUCCCUUGGAAGUGAUAAGUCAAAAACUGAUCAGAGUAAAAACACGGUAGAAGAGCAAAGUACAAAGACAAAGGAGACAUCUGAAUCAAAACCAGAUAGUAAGAUGGAUGCUACGAGUUCUCUGCAAAGUUCUGAUCAACAAUGUGAUGCAAAGGAAGGCAAAUUGGAAGCGGAAGCUGGGCAAAACACAACGGAAGCUCAGCAAACUUCAAAUACAAAUAUGACACCAACAGGCACUGUUCAAUCUUCUGAGAAAACGCCAGAAAUUACUGAGCAAAACAGACUUAAAACAGAUGAAAAGGCAAAUGAAGAACAUUCGUCCGUUACACUAAAGGAAGGCAUAGAUAAAUCAGAAUUAAGUUCAGAAACCAAGAUUGAUUCGAUCUCCCCUAUUGAGAAAACAAAUGUUGAAAUCACCUCAGAAAAUAAGAUAAGUAGUUCUCUUUCCGAUUCAGUUAGCACAGCUGAUACAGACAAUUUACAGGUCAAUGCGAACGAAAAGAUAUCAGACGGAGUUGUAGCAAAAAACAAAGUAUCAGAUGGUGUUGAUACCAGGAAUGAAAAUACUACAGCAAAUACAUCAGACAUUUGUGAACGAUCUUCAGCUGAACUUGUCGAUGCCUCUAGAUCAGGUCUAACAACUGCAGUUGAUCAGACAAAAGAGAAAAGCAUAACGGAAUCGCCAAAUAACCACGCAUUACAAGAAGAAAUUUCACCACAAGAAGCAAAUGAGACGGAAAAAGAACUUCAGACAGUACACAAUAAUAAACCAAAUGAACAUAACAAUGCGGAGAAAAAUGAAGAAUGCAUUAAAGAUAACAACGUUGAUGCAGAUAUUAAAAUUAAGCAAAAUACGAACGAGACUGUUGGCAAUGUGAAAAAUGACAAAGCGCUUGAUGAUUUUGAAAUUGAGACACUAAAUAAACAACAGGAACAAAAGAGUUAUGAUGAAAUGCAAAAUGAAGCUAAAGAUACUCUGGACACUGACAAAUGUGAACAAAGUGAUACUCAAGUUGAUUUAGUAAAAGACGGUAACAUUUCAUCAUCUAAUGAAGUUGACUCAAAAAGGCAGUCUGCCGAUGUGUUGAAGGAAACGAAAGUUGAUAGCCUUCUUGAACGGGAAGUUGCAGAAGAAAACGAGAAGAUUGAGUCACCACAGGAAACAGGCACAGCGCUUCAAUCCCAACUGUCAAAUAAACACCUUGAAGAAAAAUCAAGCAUAGUUUCAGAACAAGAAGAAAGUAUUGAAAGCGUUAAAUUCACAGAAAAUGUUUCGAAAGUAUCUGACUUAACAAAAGAAGAAGACAAUUCUGAAGCUCAAGAUAGUUCUACAGAAACAGCAUCUGGUAAGGCGGAAGAUAAUCAAAUUUAUAACACAAAUAAGAAUGCCAUAGUAGCUGAACAAAUAAAUGCAGAGUUGAAUACAAAUGCUGUUCAAGAGGUUUCUACCGAUUCCGAAAGAGUUGACGACAGUGUUAUCUCAACGGCAAAAGAAGAAAUCAGUAAAACUACGACAGCAAAUACUUCGGUUCAAGAAGCAUCUACAGAAAAAGCAUCUAGUAAGGCGGUUGAUGAUCAAAUGCAUGAAGCGAAUAAUGAUGACAUAAUAGCUGAACGAAAUAAUGCAGAGUUGAAUACGAAUAGUGUUCAAGAGGUUUCUACCGAUUACGAAACAGUUGACGGCUGUGUUUUUUCAAUGGCAAAAGAAGAAAUUAGUAAUACUGUGACCGCGCAUGCUGCAGUUGAAGAAAAACAGUCGGAAAAUGUAUCAACAAUGGAAGCAAGUAGGGAAGAAAACAAAUCUUCUGAAGAAGACAUUUUCGAAAGAUCUGUUGAAAAGCAAGAAAUUGUUGAAGUGAGUAGCAGUGUGAAAGGUAAAGACAUUGAGCUGCAUGAAAACAAAACGGAGAGCAUCAAGAGUGAUUUAAUUGCAAGUGAAAUGAAUGAGUUGAAUGCAAAACAAACCGUAGACGAAACUUCUAGCGAUACAAAUGUGGUUAUUUCCAAAGAGGAUGUUAAAGCUAAGAAUAUUAAAGCUGAAAUAAGUCAAGAGACGGGAGACAAUGAAGAGCGAGCGGAUAUCAGUGGCAAUGCAACUGACAUAUCUUCUACUGAGUCUGGAUCACUUAUAAAAUCACAGGAUUCAGCUCUAUUAGAUACAGACAAAACUGUGUCUGAAGAAAAUAAAUCAACAAUUAAAAUGGAAAAUACUGGUGAAACAAUUUUAGAAAAGUCCGUCCUCGAAUCUCAACUUGAAUCGAUAAGCGAAACUAGUGUAGCUAGACGCCUGUCAAAGGAGAUCACAGUUACACAGGUGGAGUCUGUGGAUUCGGCUCAUGCAAGUAUAUUACAACAGCAAGAUGAGUUGGCUAAGACAAAAAAUACUGACUUAGAAAAACGUGUUACUGAAUCCAUUACAGAAUCUUCAUUGGAUGUAAGUGAAACCGUGGUAAAUUCUGAAGAACAAGUGAGUGUUAUUUCUACUGAGGGUUAUAAUAAAAGUGUAGCAAAAGAAAUAACUGCUCAAUCGGAGCUUGUUGUAGAGAAACAGGAGGACUCUUGUGCAAAUGUCGGACAAUCUUUGGAUGAAGAACCGUUUUCUAUUGAAGUAAUUUCAUCGGAUAAAGAAGCACAAUCCUUACAAGAAGAAUUUGUAGAAAAGUUAGCGGAAUCACAUGUUAUUGUAAAUGAACAAACAAAAACACAGGUUGGCGGAGAAGCUGAACUAUCAGAAACAACUGUCAGCUCAACAGAUAUUGCUUUCGCAGAAACAUCCGAAGCACUAAAAGUAACGUCUGAAAGUUCUCAUUCAACUAGUGUUUCAGUUGAACAACGAAAAGAAACAUUAACGUCAGGGGAAGCUACUGUCGUCGAAAAUGCUUCAACCGCUGAAAGAGUUAUCGAGGAAAUCUCAACUAUAUCUUCUUCAGCAACUAAUACGGAAACAAUACUUACAUCAGAAACAUCCGUUGAACAACAGAAAGAAUCGUUAAUUGCUGGAGGUACAAUAACGGCAGAUAUAGAAAAUUUGGCAUUUGAAGAGGGAAUAACUGUUUCAAACACUGAGCAAAUAGCAACAGAAGAAGCAGAAACUCUCCUAGAGACCGCUAAAGUUACUGAGUCAAGGGAAACUGUACGUGAAUUUGCUAGUAACGAUGACGAGUUAGAAGAGAUGAAGAAAGAAAUACUCGAGGACACAAAAAUUCUUUCAGCUGACUGUGGAAAGUAUCUAAUGGGGAGCCAUGAGGAAACGCCGAAUGAGGAGGAGAUAGCUUCACAGGUCAAGUACAUGGACGACGCCCUAAUGUUUUGCUAAACACCGCACAGGUUGAGAAAACUUGUCGCAUGAAACAUUUCUGCGCAUAUGCAAACGAAAGUGUGCUCCUGUAUUUCCGCCCUACACCACCAGGAAAUGUUUCUAAUUUAUACAUAGCAACUCGGGAACACCUAUACGAAGUAUUUUACUGUGCAUUAGAUUGUACUUUUAUACAUGACUGUGUGGACACUGUGCAUUGCUGUACAAACAGCAACUUUUUGUAUAUAUAUAUUUAAGAUAUAAACCAAGUAGAUUUAUUUUGCACAUAUGAUCAAUUAUAUUAUAUUUAUAACAGUAUUUACGUGUAAGUAGUUGUUUGUGAAUCGAGAUAUAUUUUAGAACAAUGAUACGUGUUCUGUUUAUGUAAUAUACUGUUGAUGUUUAUUUAAUUCUAUAUUGUAGUUUGUUGGUUGAACCAUGUACCUGUUUAAGUCUAGAUAUUGGUGUGUGUAAUUGUAUGUAUUCACAUGUAUUUCAAUACACAUUUGCACUGUUUAUCAAUGUACUUUUGCACUGUUUAUCAAUGUACGUUUGCACGGUUUUUUCAAUAUACUUUUGCACAAUCUUAAUCAAGGAAACAUGUAUAUUGUUAUUUUUAGAAUAUGUAUUUUACCGUUAUAUAUUUUCAUGGUUUUGCCUCCAAUAACACAUUACUUUUUGCUAACUCAAAAGAAACAAAUGGAAAAUCUAUCAAGUUGAAAGAAUGUUUAAUGAAUGUGUCAUAAACAGUUAUAUAUAGGAAAUAUUAUCAACCGUUAAUGAAGAGUAAAUGUCAAAAACUGUUAACGAAGAGUAAAUGUCAAAAGCCGUUUAUGAAGAGUAAAUGUCAAAAGCCGUUUAUGAAGAUUAAAUGUCAUAACACUUAAUGAAGAGUAAAUGUCAAAAGCCGUUUAUGAAGAGAAAAUGUCAAAAACUGUUAACGAAGAGUAAAUGUCAAAAGCCGUUUAUGAAGAGUAAAUGUCAAAAGCCGUUUAUGAAGAUUAAAUGUCAUAACACUUAAUGAAGAGUAAAUGUCAAAAGCCGUUUAUGAAGAGAAAAUGUCAAAAACUGUUAACGAAGAGUAAAUGUCAAAAGCCGUUUAUGAAGAGUAAAUGUCAAAAACUGUUAACGAAGAGAAAAUGUCAAAAGCCGUUUAUGAAGAGUAAAUGUCAAAAACUGUUAACGAAGAGUAAAUGUCAAAAGCCGUUUAUGAAGAGAAAAUGUCAAAAACUGUUAACGAAGAGUAAAUGUCAAAAGCCGUUUAUGAAGGGUAAAUGUCAAAAACUGUUAACGAAGAGUAAAUGUCAAAAGCCGUUUAUGAAGAGUAAAUGUCAAAAACUGUUAACGAAGAGUAAAUGUCAAAAGCCGUUUAUGAAGAGUAAAUGUCAAAAACUGUUAACGAAGAGUAAAUGUCAAAAGCCGUUUAUGAAGAGAAAAUGUCAAAAACUGUUAACGAAGAGUAAAUGUCAAAAGCCGUUUAUGAAGAGAAAAUGUCAAAAACUGUUAACGAAGAGUAAAUGUCAAAAGCCGUUUAUGAAGGGUAAAUGUCAAAAACUGUUAACGAAGAGUAAAUGUCAAAAGCCGUUUAUGAAGGGUAAAUGUCAAAAGCCGUUUAUGAAGAGAAAAUGUCAAAAGCCGUUUAUGAAGAGAAAAUGUCAAAAGCCCUCAAUAAAGAUGAAAUAUCAUAGCCCUUUAUGAAGAAUAAAUGUCAUAACACUUAAUGAAGAGUAAAUGUCAAAGGCCCUUAAUAAUACAAACACAAAUUAUGAUGUAUAAACCUAUACAAAAAAUUUCACCUUGCAGUAGAAUGUAGUGUAUAUGUUGAACAGUUUGCACGUUGUUAUGCCUUAGUUAACACCAGUUGUAUUUAUAACCUCUUACAUAUUUUGGAUUUGUGUGGUAUGUACACUACUAUUUAUGUACACUAAAUAAACCUUAUGAAGCAAUUCUUUCGUUAAAUAUCU